AUGAGUGAAGUAUAUUCACUGGAGCCGUCGUGUAAGGGCAGAGUUGUGGUUAACACAUCUUUGGGAGAGCUGGAUAUACGACUCUGGAGCUCACACUGCCCAAAGGCGUGCCGUAAUUUUGUACAAUUGUGCAUGGAAGGCUACUAUAACAACUGCAUUUUCCACAGAGUUAUUCCUAACUUCAUGGUUCAAACCGGAGAUCCUUCCGGUACAGGAAAUGGAGGUGAAAGUAUUUAUGGAGAACCAUUUGAAAAUGAAAUUGUUUCAAGACUAAAGUUCAGAAACAGAGGAAUGGUUGCGAUGGCAAAUACAGGAGGAAAAUGCUCUAAUAUGAGCCAGUUCUUCAUAACCCUAGAUAGGUCGGAUUUUUUAAACGGGAAGUACACAUUGUUUGGAAAGGUCGAAGGUAAUUCCAUUUACAAUCUACUGAAAAUUGGAAAGUCUGAAGUUGACAAAAACGACAGACCAAUUGAUCCUCCUAAAAUCCUCAGCUGCUAUGUCGUUGAAAACCCUUUCGAUGAUAUUGUGCCUAGGCUACUACAGCUCUCAGAACCUGAGGAAGAGAAACAGGAGGAAGAAGUAACAACAACCCAGACCAAGGAUAAAAGGUUAUUAUCAUUUUUGGACUCUGAUGAUGAGGAGGAUCAGUCAGUAAAAAUUAAAAGCGCUCACGAUUUGUUACAAGAUAAGAGUCUCUCCAAAACCUCAGUUCAGAUAAAAGAAACACCUAAAUCUGAUCAACCUGAUGAACCAGCUACAGCUGAGGAACUAGAAGAUAUUGAAGAUGAAGUUAAUGAGGAAGUGGAAGAUUUAAAUGAGGAAGACGAAAUGAGAAAAAAGGAGAUAAAUGAAUUGGAAAAGAAGUUAAUAGAUAAUAAGGAUGAUUUAUAUAACAGAAAGAAGAAAAAGAAGACUAAACAUGACCCUAAAGAGACUCUUGAAAGACUGGCUUUGUUUACUAAGAAGCUCGGUGAAAUUUCUAAAAACGAAAAACUGGCAAAUAAACAGCCUGAAACAGAUGAAGAUAUGAGCGACGGUUCUUGGUUUGCUGGCACAAAAUUACAGUUUUCAAUCGAUUCUAACAGAGCCUAUGCUUACGAUGCAGGAAGAGAUACUGUAUUUUUAGCUCUUAAUUUUAUUGUUCAGCUCGAUGUGUACGAUCCUCUGAAGGGGAAGGACAACAAACUCAACUCAAUUAAAAAUAUACGCAGAAAUGUAUUUCUAGACUAUUUAACACAGGAAUUUCUAGUUAACAAUAAUUAUUCUUGCCUUAGUAGAUAG